AGAAGACCAAUUUAGUUGUAUCUGUGAAAUCUACCACAUCGCAGGUUUGUCUUUCUGAAGAAGUCGCCUCUCGUAGAUAAAUAUUACUUGUAGGUAAGAAAACUUCCAAGGUACACUACUCCAGCUUAAAAAAUGAUAAAACAAAUAUUCUUGUUUGUUUUUGGAUUGACUAUUGUUGUAGCACAGAGGAGAUUAGCAUUGCCAGAUCCACGCAGUUGCUCCAGUAGAAUUCGUCAUGCAUCAUAUCGAGAUGCUCGUGGAGUUACACAUUCUUAUUUUUUCAGUUGGGAACAUGCUCCUACUAAAAGCUUAGAAGUAGAUUGGCUUGAUGCCAGGAACAUUUGUCGUAGACAUUGCAUGGAUGCAGUUAGUUUAGAAACGCCUCAAGAGAACGAGUUCGUCAAGCAAAGAAUAUCAAGAGGAAAUAUAAGAUACAUUUGGACGUCUGGACGAAAAUGUAACUUUAACGGAUGUGACCGUCCAGAUUUGGUACCUGCUAAUGUAAACGGUUGGUUUUGGUCUGGUUCUGGUGCGAAAAUUGGACCAACCACUCAACGUAACUCUGGUGAUUGGAGCCACACAGGAGGAUUUGGGCAAGCACAACCAGAUAACAGGGAAGCACCACAAGGCAAUGAUGAAUCAUGUUUAGCUGUAUUAAAUAACUUUUAUCAAGAUGGAGUGAAGUGGCACGAUGUUGCAUGUCACCAUUUGAAACCAUUUGUAUGCGAAGACAGUGAUGAACUUUUAAACUUUGUACGUUCCCGCAACCAAGGAAUUCGUUUAUAAGAUACUUUGUAAUUUUGUACUUAAGUAAAUUAUGUUAGAAUAUUCAUUAAAGCACGACAACAAAUACUUAUAAAAACCAAUUUACAACAAUAUAUAAAUAUACUACUAAAACCACAAAUUAUAAUACUUAUAGUAUAUAUUAUAUAAGCAGUUUGUAUGCAAUAAAUUAUUUAUUAUCCCAAUUUAGCUAUUUUGUGAGUGAACCUACUUUUAAUUUAAAUUU